CUCACUGCAGCACACACACCUACCCGCCCAACACUCUGCACCAUGUUAGUGUUCCUCUGUGUCGUCUCUCUCCUCAGACUUGCUUCGGGUGCUACUGUACCAGACCAGGAGGAAGAGCUAUUCCAAAAUUCCUGCCUCAUGGGCUGGUAUGACUUCAACGGGCGUUGCUAUAAGUAUGUUGCUUCACCAGUGGUUUGGGCUAACGCUGAGUCCUACUGUGUGUCUGAGGGAGCAAACCUGGCCUCUGUGCACAGUGAGUCAGAACAAAUGUUCAUCUCAACCCUGAUCAAGAGUUUCGACCCUGCGGAGAGACCAACCUGGAUCGGGCUGUCUGACGUCCACAUGGAGGGGAGAUGGAUGUGGUCUGAUGGGUCAGAGGUAGACUUUGCCAUAUGGUAUGGAGGACAGCCUAAUGGUGGAGUGACUGAAAACUGCGUAACAACUCACUUUUCAGGCCCAAAGUGGUUUGACAGAGACUGCAACAGCAAUUUGUACUCCUUUGUCUGUGCCAAACGUCUCUGCAAAUGAGCUGUCUUUCGAGAUGGAGUGACUGUCCCUGGCUGUCCUGAGACUUCCAUCCUGUAGAGGAAACCUGGUUUUCAAUAAUAAAGAAACAUGUUUUAUUGAAAAUAAUGUCGAAUUGAAAAUCAUUGAAGGUAAAUUGUAAGUAGAACUAAAAAAGGUUUGUGUUUGUU